CCUCUUCCUUUUUCUCUCGGGUUUUGCAUCACUCCAGCCAGCCGCGACCAUGCCCAGGAAGAAGGCGGUGGCGGCGGCCUGGGAGGAGCCGAGCUCGGGCAACGGCACGGCCCGUGCGGGGCCCAGGAAACGCGGCGGCCCGGCGGGCAGGAAGCGCGAGCGGCCUGAGCGCUGCAGUAGCAGCAGCGGCGGCGGCAGCAGCGGCGACGAGGACGGCCUGGAGCUCGACGGGGCCCCCGGCGGCGGCAAGCGAGCGAGUGACUCUCUGGGGAGGAUCUUGUCUCCCCAUGCGCGCAUGCUCUGGAGGCUGGUGCUGGUUGACCGGAGCAGCGUGCUUCCGCAGGAGACGGCCUGCCUUCUGAAACUUGAAGGGUCUAAGUGCAAAGGUCAACUUUUGAUUUUUGGGGCAACCAACUGGGACUUGAUUGGUCGUAAAGAAGUGCCUAAGCAACAAGCCGCGUACCGAAAUCUCGGUCAGAAUCUGUGGGGGCCCCAUAGGUAUGGAUGCCUGUCAGGGGUCCGGGUGCGGACGGUGGUCUCGGGGUCGUGUGCUGCCCACAGCCUCCUCAUCACCACUGAGGGGAAGCUGUGGAGCUGGGGGCGGAAUGAGAAGGGGCAGCUGGGCCAUGGGGACACCAAGAGGGUGGAAGCUCCGAGGCUGAUCGAGGGCCUCAGCCAUGAAGUGAUCGUGCCGGCCGCCUGUGGGCGCAACCACACCCUGGCCCUGACGGAAACGGGCUCCGUAUUCGCUUUUGGAGAGAACAAGAUGGGGCAGCUGGGCCUGGGCAACCAGACGGACGCUGUCCCCAGCCCUGCGCAGAUAAUGUACAACGGCCAGCCAAUUACCAAAAUGGCCUGCGGGGCGGAAUUCAGCAUGAUAAUGGACUGCAAAGGAGAUCUCUAUUCCUUUGGUUGCCCUGAAUAUGGCCAGCUGGGGCACAACUCGGACGGGAAGUUCAUUGCCCGGGCGCAGCGGAUAGAGUACGACUGUGAGCUGGUGCCCCGGCGAGUGGCUAUUUUCAUCGAGAAAACAAAGGACGGGCAGAUCCUGCCCGUGCCGAACGUGGUGGUACGAGAUGUGGCCUGUGGCGCCAACCACACGCUGGUCCUGGACUCCCAGAAGCGCGUCUUCUCCUGGGGCUUCGGGGGCUAUGGCCGCCUGGGCCACGCGGAACAGAAGGACGAGAUGGUGCCUCGCCUGGUGAAGCUGUUUGACUUUCCGGGCCGUGGAGCCUCCCAGAUCUACGCCGGCUACACGUGCUCCUUUGCUGUCAGCGAAGUGGGUGGGCUAUUUUUCUGGGGGGCCACCAAUACCUCCCGAGAGUCUACCAUGUACCCGAAAGCAGUGCAGGACCUCUGUGGCUGGAGGAUCCGGAGCUUGGCUUGUGGGAAGAGCAGCAUCAUUGUGGCAGCUGACGAGAGCACCAUCAGCUGGGGCCCGUCGCCGACCUUCGGGGAGCUGGGCUAUGGGGACCACAAGCCCAAGUCUUCCACUGCGGCCCAGGAGGUGAAGACGCUGGAUGGCAUCUUCUCAGAGCAGGUGGCCAUGGGCUACUCGCACUCUUUGGUGAUUGCCCGAGACGAGAGCGAGACUGAGAAGGAGAAGAUCAAGAGGCUGCCGGAGUACAACCCG